AUGUUUGAGAUUGAAAUCAAUGAGCCACUAAAAAUUAAACUACAGGAACUCAAUGAAACAACAAAGAGAGAUGAAUUCAAUACUGAGAUCAAUAGUUAUUUGCAAAAGAAAAGUAUACCAAUUUCAGCGCUAUUAGAUUUUUACGAAACAUACUGGAAAGAUGCAAUCAGAUUAAAAGACCUUCUAACGCCAUUUGAUUUCAAAUUCAAAGAGAAAUAUGUUCCAGGAUCAGGAUAUUCUACUGAAUUCAAGAAACAAUUAGAACUCUUAAGUUUGAAAGAACAAGAACUUGAAUACCAAACAAUGAUUAGAAAUGACAAGUCGAUAACUUUACAGACCAUGAACAUGGAUAACGACAACUUAACAAUGUCUAAGAUUAAUAAACAGAUAAAAGAACAAAUCACUACUAUUUUCAAUAUCCUGAUAAGCGUACUUUCAGUGAUUUGGGCGAUUUGGUAUUGGUCUAAAAGUUCUGCUGGGUUGGCUAUUCACUAUAGAAUCUUACUAUGCUUAUUUUUUGGGUUGUUAGUCCUCAUCGCAGAGGUAGUGCUAUAUAAAAGUUACUUAAAUAAAAUCCAUGAUGCCAAAGUUAGAGAAAAAAAUAAGAAGGAAAGGAAGAAAAUAGUGAAGACACUUUAA